AAACUCCCAGCUGAGCCCCUUCCGAAUUUGAUAUUCUAAAAAUCCUCCCUCGGCCCCCAUGUAUCGGUUAAGCCCCGCCUUUUAGUGGUGUUAAAAGCAGAAAGUUCGUGUUGCAUGAACAACUCUCUUCAUGCUUCAGUCAUUGUUAAAUUACUGUUAGUCAGUCACCACUACUUUGGAACCAUCAGUUGUUUUUAAAUGAGGAGUUUUUCCCGACAAGACUCCAAACAAAAAGAGUCGAAACAAAUUUGGAGUACCUCUCUUGUUCUGAAUGUUAUAAUUGGCAGGCUGUUGCUGUGAUGAGAUUAUCAAGAAAAAAGUGGAUUGCCCUCACAACUGAAGCUCAAUUUCUCCAUGAGUGGCGAAUACAAAGAGGGGAAACAAAUGUCAAGAAAAGCGACUAUGUGGAAACGUUUCCAUGACAGUAAAGGGGGCAUCUUUCAUUCUUGUCCCCAGGUUCAAACAUGGCGCUCACGCAUCCUUUGCAAGCUUCUCCAGGAGCCGAUGGCAACGAUAACCCCGUUCAGUGACCGCAUGGACGCCAACUUUCAUGCAUUCAAAUCAGCGGGAGGAAAGAAUCUCUGUCACGCUUCAGUUUGUAGCCACAGGUGUUGCAACAGGGAGAGACUUGGAAAACAUGCAGGACAGCGGCCUUCCAGGACCCGAGUUUGACACCUAUGGCAUAGAGGACUUCGAAGUGUCCCGUGGCUGCCUUCGAAAGUUCGUUGCAUGACAUCAGCUGAGCAAUGCUGCCUAGUGUGGUGAUCGAGGGGAGGUCACGUUAGAGACGGAAUCAAAAGGCUCUCUGUGAUGUAAAGACGCAGGAAGACAUCGGCCUCUCGGCGAUACACGUGCAGAUGGAGAAAGCGCAGCACUGAACUGUCGACCUCGAGCCUCCACCCCAUUGUGUGAACAGCGAGCGGGUCGCCCUCUUGCCCGCACGACAGGAUAACAUACCGUUGGUGAUGAGGCUGUCUAUAUGAGGUAUGUGUCCAGCUCAAGGCAAAAUAACGUAACGACAACAGUAAUUGAGCUGCAGCAUCCAGCAAACUACCUGACAAAGUUCUCACUUGAAUCCAAGUUGCCCGAUAUCAAACCACAUGUCAGGAAUGUGUUUUGUACCAGCGCCUCAAAGAAGCCACUGGUGUCAGCGGGGUCAUUUCUGCUCCCCGCUGGCCUCCCGGCAAAAAGGAUGUUUACAGCUUCGCCAAAGGUGUCCAAGCCGCCCCUUUGUAUUGUUGACACCAACAAGGGGCACAAGGAGUUUCAUAAUAAACUCUCCGGACUUGUGCCUGUGUACAUCAGGAAAAAGGAUUAUGGUGAGAUACCCGCAUAUCUACUGCGGCGCAAAGGAAAGCACCCAAAGUCUCUGGAGGAGAAAAGUAUGAUUGAGGUGACGAAACCAGAGGAGCCGGAAAUCGAAAACCUGACAGAGGAAGAGUGUCGUGAAAUCAUUGAGGACCUGAAGAAGAAACUUGGAAAGCUGAACACAUCCUACCAGCGCCUCCCAUUUGUCAUAGACACACCGAUGUUGAAGAACCGUAAGACGCGACUGGAGGGGGAGAUGCAACAGCUGGAGUCUGACAUCGAACUCCUUGAAACAUUGGUUUUCAACAAGUAGCGCAGGAGCCCGCCCCAUGUCUUCACCAAAAUGAGCACGUGCAUGCCAGAUUUUUUUUCUCUUUCCGUGCCUGCGCGGGUUUUCUUCGGGUACUUCGGUUUCCUCC